UGCUCUCACCUUAUCACAGCGAUUGUUGAACACUGCUGUCUUUCCUUUGUUAUGAUGCAUAACAAUUUGUGUUUCGUAUUCGUGUGUUGUUUUGUAGAUUUGCAAUUUGGCGAAGCGUAAUGACGGUGAAUUCUUAAACUGAUCAUUCAACGCCGUACUCGAUGUGGGACUGCGCUGUUAUCGGCUGCCCGAACGGCAGGUUCAACGCUCAGAAAAGUGUUGGCCGUGUCUCGUUUCAUGUGUUUCCGCAUCCAGUGCGUGAGUCAAACCGCUUCCGACGAUGGCUUGCCCUGAUCAACAAUCCGCGGCUGCUGCGAAUGAACCCCCUGAACGUAUUCAAAAGCGCUCGCGUCUGCCGUCGACACUUCGGGCCGGAUUGUUUCAAUGGCAUGUGUCGUAAUUUGCUUCCGAUCGCGAUUCCCACGCUACAUCUUCCGGAGGUACGGCCCGUAGCUUUGGUGCAACCGAUGGAUGCGGUAGGUGAUGAACUGGAACGUUUACUCCGGGAAGAGCGCAGACAGCAGUUGAAGCGUCAUGGCGCCGUUGGGACACCAUUCGACGAUGAGGCAAGUGAAAGCGGUAAACGGCCCCGUAUAGGCGUUACGUUGAUGUCGUCGGACGUGGAUGAAGCGGAAUACAGCAUUGGUGACCGAUUUUUCGACAGAAUUAUUGCAUUUGAUGUGGAGGAAGAAUGUGACGACCGAUCGCUGGCCAGCGAAUCGAGAAUAUCGUCAGUGUGCGAUGAAAGUUAUGGACUGACAAGCUUCACCGGGUUGGUAAUGAGCACAGCUGAACUGGACACGCUGAAACAGGUCGAAAUACUAAACGAACCGCCGGAGACGUUGUUGAACGAUUCACCACCGCCGGAUGAUCGUUCGCGGGUGCCAAUCGAAAAGGGCUACGAGCAGCUCGUUCGAGAGUUCGCCAGUGAGGCUAGUAAUGAUGAGCAGGAGCAGCAUACCCAAAGAAAGGAGGAUAUAGUGACCAACAAUGAACUAAAACCACUCCAGGAAGAUGAUACUACGAAGCGGAUCAGUAUACAAGAAUGUUCCAAAGCUCCACUCAAUGAAGAGUUCUUCCAGAAGUGUCGUACGGAUUUUUACGACUGCCCAAAGAAUGUGCUCGCGCAGAAUGUGUGCACCCGGAUAGAUCCCUUCGAUGCGUGUUUAUCGCGCAAAUCGCUAGAAAACACGCAACACGUCUUCACGUACAAGAUCGAGAACGAAGGUAAACCGCUAACGAACCAGAAGAGUUCGGGACGCUGCUGGUUGUUUGCGGCACUGAACUGCAUUCGUAUCCCAUUCAUUAAGCAGUAUAAUUUGGACGAGUUCGAGUUCUCGCAGGCGUACCUGUUCUACUGGGACAAGAUCGAGCGGGCAAACUACUUCCUGAACAAUGUCGUCGAUACGGCGAAGCGGGGCGAACCCGUCGACGGUCGUUUGGUGUCCUUUUUGCUAUCCGACCCAACGUGCGAUGGCGGUCAGUGGGAUAUGCUGGUUAACCUGAUCAACAAGCAUGGACUGAUGCCUAAGAAAUGUUUCCCGGAGAGUUACAGCUGCGAGGCGAGCACCAGGAUGAAUUCGGUCGUAAAGAGCAAGCUUCGGGAAUAUGCAAAGGAUUUGCGAAAGCUUAUCGAUAACGGUGCGUCAGACGACGAGGUGAAGGAUCGGAUGAAGAAGCAGAUGAACGAGGUGUACAACAUUGUGGGCAUUUGUCUCGGUAUUCCGCCAGAAAAGUUCACCUGGGAGUACUACGACAAAUCGAAAAAGUACCUUAACAUUGGCCCGAUCCGUCCGAUUGAUUUCUACGAGAAGUACGUCAAGCCUUACUUCAACGUCGAUGACAAGGUGUGCCUGGUGACGGAUCCACGCACGUCGAAUCUGUACGGCCGUUCGUACACGGUUGACUGUCUCGGGAACGUAGUGGGCGGCCGUCCGGUACUGUAUAACAAUCAACCGGUUGAACUGUUGCUUGAUUUGGUUACGAAAGCGCUGAAGUUCGGUGAACCUGUCUGGUUCGGGUGCGAAGUUAACAAGCGUUUUGCGGGCAAGCAAGGCAUAGAGGAUUUGGAUGUACAUGACUUCAAGCUGGUUUUUGGAGUAGACAUUCAAACUACGAUGGAUAAAGCCGAUCGACUGCUGUACGGCGAGUCGAUGAUGACACACGCUAUGGUGUUCACCGGAGUAUCGGUUGAUCCCAAUAGCCAAAAGCCGACCAAAUUCCGCGUGGAAAAUUCCUGGGGUGAGGACCGUGGCGAAAAGGGUUACCUAAUAAUGACGGCCGAGUGGUUCAAGGAGUUUGUAUUUGAGGUGGUCGUCGAUCGCAGCAUAGUGAGCCAGGACGUGCUGGACGUAUUUGAUCUCCCGCCAAUAGUGCUGCCCGCCUGGGAUCCCAUGGGCACACUGGCGAAGUAAAAGGGUGUUAGUAAUGGUUAUGGUUUGGAUGAACUGGGCGUAAUGUGGUAACAUAAGAAGAAAAAAAAACAGGGAGCACAUCCACCAUCGAAAGGCAUUUUUUCUACCCAAUCGAGGAAAACAGCUUAUUUGCUACCAACAUUUUUUAAAACAUACAACCGUCUAAGUAAUAUCGCAGCUUGUAGAUAUACGUACGCACACGCGUUUAUUACCGCUGCUGCUACUGCUGCUGUUUGCUGUAACAACGGAUGGUUUCAAGCACCAUUUGCAUAUGGAACAAUUACGCCAACGUUCAACCUUUCCUUUAUGUUGUGGCACUGAUGGUUGUCGCACCGCAAACGAUCGCUAUGUUAAGCCCGCUAAAAACAAGAUCGAAUUACUCUGAUAUACACAAUUAACAUUUAGGGAUAAUGUGAACAAAUAUCCGUUUGAUAUGAGAUGGAAAACGUGAAUGAAAGGAAGAAGUGUGAAUAAUAACAAGAAUUAUAACAUUUUUAUAAUGAAAAAAAGGAGAAAUAGAAUUUGCAAUAUAUUUCAAAACCUAUAA